GAACACCAAGCACCCCUCCCCCCCCCCUGAAAUUGGCAGCGGCGGAAGACUUGGAACUGACGUGGCGGCUUCAAAGAGUCAAUUGCAAAGGAUGCGGCGGCGGAAGACUUGAUGGGCGGUUGCUGACUUGAACCAAAUUGAAAGAAACCAAAUUCAAAGAUCACUCUGAACAAAUUGGUAUGAUGUGUGCGGACAACGCUGGAGCAACGUUCUAGUGCACAUAAAACGCUGGAGCAACGUCCGACGCGUAGCCGUCGAGCAGCACCGAGCAGUCGAGCACCAGCUACCAGGCACCAGGGCUUGGCUGAAAAGAUAUUAUCUGUCCAAAUUACAUCCGCUAGGAUAGCUUCCUUGUUUCAGUGACCCGGAUAUUUUUGUGCCAACAUCUUAUAGAAGAAUCAUUUAAAUAUUUAAAGCCAGCAAGAGAACAACAACAAUGGUUAUGCUUCAUCCAUUCCGUGUUUCACUAUUUACUCACUUGCAUCGCCUCCCUUUGCUACCCUCAGGCCUCUCUAGAAAACUCUCAAUCCGGUUACCCCCAAAUCUCUCUCUUUUAUUUUCUUCCAUUCCCAAGCUCCAUGCCACGUCGGAAGAGAAUACUAAUGAUCACACUAUGGUGAUGAAUAAAGAUGAGAGGGUGUGGGUGUCUGGAAAGGUAAACCCUUCUGACCACAUCAUUGCCAAUUCAAGCACCAUUGCAGCUGUUGUCACCUCCUUGGGUGGUCCGCCGGCUGCCGUUGGGAUUGUCCGGAUUUCAGGGCCUUCUGCUAUUUCUAUUGUUAGCCGUCUUUUUCGUUCCAUGAGAAAGAGGAAGUUCAAAGAGUGUACCUCUGUGUGGAGGCCUAAAAGCCAUGUUGUGGAGUAUGGUUUAGUUUCUGAUUCUUGUGGAAAUGUGAUUGAUGAGGUUUUGAUGGUUCCCAUGCUAGCUCCAAAAUCAUACACUCGAGAAGAUGUGAUAGAGCUUCAGUGUCAUGGGAGUGAAGUAUGCUUGAACCGUGUGUUGAGGGCUUGUCUUGAGGCGGGGGCUAGACUUGCCGAGCCAGGUGAGUUCACUCUUCGUGCAUUCUUGAACGGGCGUUUAGACCUUUCUCAAGCUGAGAAUGUGGGAAAGCUUGUAUCAGCUAAGUCAACUGCUGCUGCUGAUUCUGCAUUAGCAGGAAUACAGGGAGGCUUCUCUUCUUUGGUCAAAUCUUUAAGGAUGCAAUGCAUUGAAUUGCUUACUGAAAUUGAAGCCCGUUUAGACUUUGAUGAUGAGAUGCCACCACUUAACUUGAACGUAAUGAUGGAGAAAAUAUAUGGGAUGGUGAGAGAUAUUGAUAGUGCACUGGAAACUGCUAACUAUGACAAACUUCUGCAGUCUGGAAUACAGAUAGCAAUUAUUGGUAGACCAAAUGUCGGGAAAUCAAGUCUGCUUAAUGCAUGGAGCAAAUGUGAGAGAGCAAUAGUUACUGAUAUCGCGGGAACCACGAGGGAUGUGAUAGAAGCUAAUAUUUCUGUCUGUGGUAUCCCUGCUAUCCUUCUUGAUACAGCCGGCAUAAGGCAAACGAAUGAUCCUGUGGAGAAGAUGGGUGUGGAGCGAUCCAAAAAGGCUGCUGGAAGUGCUGAUGUAAUUGUAAUGACAGUUAGUGCUACAGAAGGUUGGACUGCAGAGGAUGCCACACUUCUUGAGACAAUUCAAAGCAAUAAGGCAUCUUGUGGGUCUAGUUCUCCAAUGAUUUUGGUAGUCAACAAAAUAGACUGUGCACGGCCUCCUGAAUUGGUUGAUGCAUUUGGUGGCUUCUCCUUCAACAAGAUGAUCUUUACCUGUGCGCUCACCGGUCAAGGAAUACAAGAUCUGGAGGCAGCAAUCGCGGAGAUUGUUGUCCAAGACAAAAUCCCUGUCGGGGGCCGUAAAUGGACAGUCAAUCAGAGACAGUGGGAACAGCUGAUUCGGGCCAAAGAUGCACUCACCAGGCUCAAGUCUUCAAUGGAGGAGGAGCUUCCCCUUGAUCUCUGGACGGUUGAUCUAAGAGAAGCUGCUAUGGCCCUUGGGCAGAUUAGUGGAGAUGAUUUUUCUGAAGAGAUAUUGGCCAACAUAUUUGGCAAAUUCUGUAUAGGGAAAUAGUUUCCUUGUUUCUUUUGGUUAGCGAUUGUCGAUUUAUACAUCUUUAUGUAAUGCCCUCAUCAUAGAAUGAUCAGAGAAGGAAUUUCUCUUUGUUUUCUCUCUGUUUAUGGUUGAGCGUGUUUGGGAGGUGUUUUAAUAGAACUGAAAAACUUGAAAAGAUAUGCUCCCCAGGAAUAUAGCAGCUACAUCUGG